GUCUACAGUAUUUGGUCUGUCUCUUGAAAGCCCUAGCUCAGGGCACCCUCUACCUGCUAUUUUCGCCUCCAUCUGACCAAUGUUCCAACGUGCUUCAACGACCAGGUGGUAUAGCACGGGGAAUUCUCGUCGUUCCCCACAUGCGCAAUGGUACAGUGACGUACUCCCAGCCAUGAUUCCAAUAUUCCUUCUGGGCUCUGCAGUCUAUCUCGGCUUGCAACUCGCUCAAACGCGUCUUUCGCACGAAAAAUAUAUGCACGAUGCGAAAGAACGCGUCGAACGAUUAGAGGCUGAGAUAGAGUCCCUUCAACAGGACCGUCAUGCAGCCUCAACCGAAACCAUUCCAAAAGACAGAUCAUGGUGGCGCUGGUGA